CCAUCGCCAUGACAAAUGAAUGCCGGUAUAUCUUAUAUUGCUUCUGUUAUUGAAAAGGUUCGAAUUGAAGCCAAUCGUGUUCAACAAAAACAAACCAUGGAAAAAAAUAUCGCCGAAACAUUUAGAAAUGGCACAUUCUUAGUAACUGGAAGUACAGGAUUUUUGGGGAAGGUACUUAUUGAAAAAAUACUUAGAACUUGUUCCGUGAAAAACCUUGCGAUUAUCGUGAGAAGUAAAAAAGGGAUUUCAUCCAAGGAAAGAGUUGAAGAUGCAUAUAAACAAGCCCUUUUCGAUCGGCUUCGAAUAGAAAAACCUGAUUUUAUGAACAAUAUUAAAGUUAUUGAUGGUGAUUUAGAAAAAACAACAAUAAGUUCACCGGAUGAUUAUCAGUGGAUGAUUGAAAAUGUAGAUUUUAUUUUUCACUGUGCCGCUACGAUAAAAUUUAACGAACCAGUAGAAUCCGCAUGUAAAAUAAAUAUUCAAGGAACUGAACGUAUAUUGACGCUAGCAACAAAAAUGAAAAAUCUUAAGGGUUUUGUGCACGUUUCCACUGCUUAUUCACAUUGUCCAAGAGAUGAAAUCAAAGAGCAAUAUUAUCCUACUCCAAUUACAUCUGCAGAACUUCAAAAUAUGAUUAGUUCCGAUAAAUUACCAUCAAAUAUUGUAGGGAACUGGCCAAAUACGUAUACAUUUACGAAAUCAAUCGUUGAGAAUUCGAUAGCCACAAAUUAUGGGCACUUGCCAAUCUCAAUAUUUCGUCCAUCGAUAAUUGGGUGCUCUGUAGCCGAACCAGAACCUGGUUGGACUGAUAAUACGAAUGGAGCGACUGGAUUGAUUGCUUCAAAGAUUGCCGGAGUAUUAAGAACCAUCCAACUUGAUACAAGCAAAAUAACUGAUAUAAUCCCAAUUGAUUAUACUGCAAACGCAUUAAUUUGUACAAUGUGGGAUACAGUUAAACGAUAUCAAGACCCAAAUGCAUUUUACGAAGAACCAAAAAUAUACAAUUACGUUUCUAGUUGUGAGAGCGCGGUGACCUGGAACAUGAUGCUUAUUUAUGUCAACGAAGUGAUAAAAUACUAUCCACCGUUGACGUCAAUGUGGUAUAACUUUUGUAUUUUCUCUACUAAUUUUUGGAUAGUUAUGAUUUUGAAAUUAUUAUUGCAUCGGAUACCUGCAGCAUUAGUCGAUUUAUCAUUAUUCAUUUGUGGUAAGAAACCAAGAAUGUUAAAAAUGUACGAAAAACUAGAAUUAUCGAUUGAUAUGGUUAAGGUGUUUACUAUGAGAGAAUGGAAAUUUGACAACAUUAAUACAAGAAAAAUGUGGUCAUCACUACGUCCAGAAGAUCGCAAAACAUUUUAUUACAGUUUCGAAGGAUUUGAUUGGAAUUCUUACAUGAAUAUUUAUUUUCAUGGAAUAAGAAAGCACAUACUAAAAGAAGACCUUAACAACAUUGAAACGGCGUUGGCUAAACAUAAAAAACUAUUCUGGUAUCAUCAUUUGUCUAUCGUUCUUAUCGUUUGUCUUGUGGUCCACAUAUGCUGGAUGUCAAGAUAAGUACCAUAUUAUAAUAAUGUGCAUCAGUCUAUUGUAAAAUACUGAACAAUAUUUUAUAAUGUUGUAAACUAGGGAUGGCCAAAAUUGCUUGAACUUUGAUAUUUGAUGUAUCGAUACAUCGAUUUUUAAAAUAUAGUUAUGUUCGAUGUAUCGGUGAAAAACUAUCGAUUUUAAAAAACAUUGAAAACAAUUUUUUUUGCUCUAGUGCUAUCUAGUACUAUAGUACCAUCUUAUUAUUAUAGCACACCUUAUUAUUUGUACAGUAUACUAUUUUCUUGAUUAAAUAAUAAA